AUGGCGCUACCCCUCCCUGACGUCAAGUCUGUCGUGGACUGUGCUUCCUUCAGCCACACUGUCCUACCCUUCUUGUCGCAAAUCACGGCGCUUCCCGAGCGACUGCAGCUUGCAGCCGCAGCCAAGGAUGUGAACAUCCUGAAGGACAUUUACCUCUCCACGAAUCCCUUCAUCUCGGCCCUCUUCUUGAGUCUAGCUCUAUCAGUUCUGUUUGUCAUCGCUUCGGAGAUCAACAGGAACUACUCCCAAGUUGAUCGGCUCUGGAGUAUCCUGCCGUCCAUCUACAAUGUGCACUUCGCUCUUUGGGCCCGCUUGUCGGGCCUCCAGACUCAGAGCUUGGAUACUAUCGCGGCUAUCACCUUGAUUUGGAGCGCCCGCUUGACGUUCAACUACUGGCGCCGUGGUGGCUACUCAAUCGGCUCGGAAGACUACCGUUGGCAGAUCGUACGCUCCAAGGUCAACAACCGCUUUGUCUUCUUCAUUUUCAACAUCGUCUUCAUCAGCCUGACGCAGUCCUUGCUCCUGCUUUUGAUCACCGCCCCGACCUACAACUUCCUCCUUCUCUCCCGUCUGUCGGACCACAAGUCCUUCGAGGUUCCGGACCUUGUCUUCUCCCGGGUGGCCUUCUUCUUCAUUAUCAUCGAGUACUUCGCCGAUCAGCAGCAAUGGAACUUCCAGUCUGCCAAGCACAACUACCAGCAGACUGCUCGCAUCCCUGACCAGUACAAGGGCCGGUAUGAGCCCGAGGAUCUGGAGCGCGGGUUCGUCGUCAGUGGUCUCUGGUCCCUGUCUCGUCACCCGAAUUUCCUCUGUGAGCAGGCCAUCUGGCUCACUCUGUACCUCUGGAACUGCUACCGCACUGAAUCCUACGUCCAGUGGACCGGCAUUGGUGUCUUGGGCCUUCUGCUCAUCUUCCAGGGUAGCGUUCGUCUCACCGAAUCGAUCAGCGCCGGCAAGUACCCUGAGUACAAGGAAUACCAGGCUCGCGUGGGACGCUUCAUUCCCCGUUUCUCGGUCAAGCCCAAGUACAAGAGCAGCAAGAAGAAGGCUCGCAAGGCUGUCACUGAGCAGCCCGAGAGCGAGCAGACUCACGAGGCGGACAAGAAGAGCCAGUGA